UUGAGGCGGGGCGUACUUUCUCAAUCUGUCUCCGACUCCACCAUGUUGCUUCCGGUUUCCGCCGAGGCGAGGUUGGUCACCGUUUGUUUGGCCCUACGUUGUAGUAGGUAAAAGCCACAGAGAGGCUGACAUUUGGCAUCAAGCUGUGAUUGCACAGUCCUCUCAUGUCUCAAAGAGUUAGGACAAUGGACACAUCUGAGGGGUUGGUGACAUUUGAGGAUGUCUCUGUGGACUUCACCUGGGAUGAGUGGCAGGACCUGGAUGAUACUCAGAGGAAGCUCUACAGGGAUGUGAUGCUGGAGACCUACAGCAGCCUGCUGUCCUUGAACCAGUGUGAUCCCAAACCUGAGUUGAUUCUGAAGUUGGAGCAAGAAGCUGGGCCAUGGAAGGAAGAAGAUAUCCUCCCAGAUAUGCAGCAUGUGAAUGACCCAAAUGAGAUCAGCCAGGACAAUCGACAGAUACAUGGAUGCAAUCUGGUAAUUGCCAAGAGCAGCACAGCAGCUGAGGAGAGGGCUAAAGCAGGAAAAACAUUUACUAGCUCAAACUGUGUUUUAAGGCUGGCUAUAGAGAGUGGCCUGUCUUCUCGAAUGAGACCUGGGGCACUUAAUAUGUGGGAUAAUGCACUCCUCCCUGGUGACCACAGGGAGAUGCAGGCUGUAGAGAAACUUGAUCUUCCUAAUGUAACCAGGAUGUCCCCCAGAUUUCCUGAGCCUUGUAGUCUAUAUCACAGUACUAAAUGUGAAGAAAAGCAUUUUCAGUGUCAUGGGCACGGUGAAGCUUUCCACCCAAAGACAGUGUGGUUACAGAACACAUUUCUUAUCAGAGAUCCCUCCAGUAAGUUGAGGAACUACAGAAAAGGAAUAGAAAAGUUAGCUCUUCCUGCCCAAGGGGGAACCCAGCAAACUUACGAAUGUAAAGUAUGUGGAAAAUUGUUCUAUAAAAAUUGUCAUCUCACACAGCACUUAAAAACACACAAAGAAAAGAAAUACUAUAAAGGUAAUGAUUGUGAGCCAAUAUUCAAUAUACAAUCAAACCUCCCUAAACAUCAGUAUUUGAAUGUGGGGGGAGAGCCUUAUACAUGUAAUGAAGAUGAGAAAUACACUUGUCAGAGAUCAGAAAAAAGUGUUCAGCCAAGAAUCGGGGGGGAUGGAAGGAAUGUGUAUGGGAAAGCUGUUUGCUCAAAAUUAAAUCACAGUGUUCAACAGAGUCCUCACAAGAAUGAGAAAUCCUAUGAAUAUAGUAUAUCUGGAAAAACAAUUAGUAAGUCAGACCUCCGACUUGAGACGCUGCACAGAUAUGAGAAAGCAUAUGAAUGUAAAACAUGUGGGAAAACCUUUAACCAUACACAUUUCUACUCACAUUCAAGAGCUCACACAGCUGAGAAACCCUCUGAGUGUAAAGACUGUCAGCAGUCGAAACUCAUUGUGAAUCAGCAAACUCACACCCAGGAGAAACGCUAUGUGUGUAACGUGUGUGGAAAAGCCUUUUACAAAAGAGCCCACUUACAUGCACAUCAGAGAACUCACACAGGUGAGAAGCCGUAUGACUGUAAGGAAUGUGGGAAAACCUUUAGGCUGAAGUCAUUUCUUGUUGUACAUCAGAGAAUUCACACAGGUGAAAAGCCCUUUGAAUGUAACACAUGUGGGAAAAGUUUUAAGCAGAGGACAAGUCUGUAUACGCACAUAAGAAUUCACACAGGUGAGAAACCUUAUGAAUGUAAAGAAUGUAGGAAGUCUUUUAUUCUCAAGUCAUAUCUCACUGUACAUCAGAGAACACAUUCAGGUGAGAAACCCUAUGAGUGUGAUAUAUGUGGAAAAGCCUUUAAGCAGAAUUCUCACCUUCAUGCACAUAAGAGAACUCACACAAGUGAGAAACCCUAUGAGUGUAUUGUGUGUGGCAAAAGUUAUAAGCAGAGUCCCAGCCUCUACACACAUAAGAAAAUUCAUACAAGUGAGAAGCCCUAUGAAUGUAGACAAUGCAGGAAAUCAUUUAGUUUGAAGUUCCAUCUCACCAGACAUCAGAGGACUCACUCAGGUGAGAAACACUAUCAGUGAGAAGUGUGUGGAUGAGCCUUUCGGCAGAGCUCACACCUGUGUACACCAGCACUCACCCAGGUGAGAAAUUCUAUGAAUGGGAAGAUUGGAGAACAACUGGCUGCCACUAGUCAUCUGCCCAUAUUUAUUAGGAGCUUUAGUGGUGAGAAACUCCAUCAAUGUUAUGCAUGUGAAAAGAUCUGCCAGAUGUCACACAUCAGAGAAUUCAUGCAGAUGACAUAUUUUUAUAAUUAAAAACUAAUAUCUAGCCAAAGAUACAUCAGAAAACUCACAAACGUGAGAAAUCUUAAGAGCAUAUAAGUGUACAAAAAUAUCUCAACCAUAAGAUAACAACUCACUGCUUAUUAAAACACAUACAAAUGGGUGAAAUGUUGAAAAACCUUUCUCUAGAUAUCAUAUCUCAGCAGUCAUUAGGUAAUAUACACCCUAUAAGGAAACCCUAUGAAUGUAGAAAAUCCUUCAACCAUAGGUCACUGUUUACUGCAUACCAAAGAAGACACAUGGGGACAUCUCCAUGAAUGUUGAUUAUGUGCAGAAAACACUUACUCAAGACAAACCACCGUGUCCACCUGAAAACUCAAAACUGAGAAACCCUAUGACUAUAAAUACUGUAGGAAAUAUUUCAACCAUAAGCCAUCUGCUGCUGUACAUGCAAGAAGUCACAUGGGUGAGUAACCCUAAACACAUAGGUGAGUAUAAUGUAAGCAGAGAACCCUUUAGGAGAUGCCAAGUCUCUUUGCAUUAAAGAACUUGCAGUUCUGAGGAACCCCAAGAGUGGUCUACAGGGAAAUGCCUUUUUCAAUAGGCAGACCUCUCUAAAUAGCAGUGACUCUGAUUGGAAGCACAUGAGUCAUGUAUGUGGGAAACCCUUCUAUUGGCUGUCAGACCUUCACUCAUACAGAAGUAAUCACUGUAUGUAUCUGUAAGAGUCACAUAAGUCAGACCUCAGGAAAUACUUGAAUCAGCACCGAGGGGGACACUUUAAAGUAGGUAAUAACAUGGGCAAUGUUUAAGAAGUCACUCGACAGGAAUUCAUCCCACAAAGUCCUUAGUUCCAGGUAGCAGACUACCAUGUAUGUGCUUCCCAAGAUUUAUUUCCUUUGCUGCACUCGUCAGCCCGUGUCUUGUAGUCCAUUUCUGUUUGUGGGACCUCAUGCUAAGCUCUUUAGUGGGAUGUAAAUGCUUGUGUUCUACUUUUCCAUCCCACUGUCCCCCAAAGUCUUACAACAAACUCCACCUGGGUGCCCAUCCAUAGGUGUUUGGGAGCCAUGUAUAGAAAGGCACUGUGGCUUAGGAAUAUGUUUUUCCCCAGAGAGCUGUGAGUCUCCUGCAUGUUUCUACCAUCUCUCUAGUGUAUGGAAGGGAGAUCUGCACAAUCUGUAGUAGUGGAGACCCACGGCCAUUAGUUCACUCUAAGAGGUAGGGGAGACAAAUAGAUUGUCAUUUUAAAGAACUAUCAGGGGAGAGCACCUUGUUGCCACUCCUCAUUCUCAUGCUGCUUGUGAGGAAGAAGAAAUUCUGAUAAAAUUCCCAUAAAUACUGGGUGUGUUUCUGGUAGGGGUCUCCCAUUAAACAGACCAUUGAAUGCACAUAUAUGUGUGAAACCUUUCAACAAAAUUCCCUGUCAGGUUUCAAAGAUCCUUGACCAAGGAAAAUUAUCACUAUGGAAUUUGUACAUUAAUUUUUCUUGGAGAGAACUGUUAAACCUCAUAUCCCAGUUGUUUUUCAAAAUCUGCAUGCCAGGAGAUUCAUGAAUAUUUGUAAUGAUGCCUAUCAGUGGGCAUCACUUUCUGUCUGGGGACAUUUGUGAUGUUAAAAAGAGUUUGGGAGAGGCCAGUGGCACAGGGAUAUAGCUGGAUAGCUUACAGAAUAUUGGAUAGUAUACUCAUGUAUGUAUGGUUCAUGGAUACAAGUAUGUCAUAUCAAUCAUGUUCCAUGAGACUAAGCAGAAGGGACUCUCCAUGACUUUGUGUAAUGUGUUACAGUGUACAUUGAUUAAUGUAAUAACAUGCUGCAAUGUGCAUUGAUAUUUCUUGCAUUCGAUGCCAUUCUAGCGUCUUCAUAUCUUCCUAGGCUCAGACAUUGUAUUAUAUACUUUCUUAGUCUAGUGACAUCUAAAUGUACAUAACAGUUGUUACUGACUCAAGUAAAUAAAGGUAUUCUUUUCCUAA